GCGGACACUUGCUAUUUGUCGCCCAAAGCUCAACGAUACUUUUCGUUCCACCGCCGUUCUAUCCAACGUUCCUGUUCCCAUUUUGGCCGCUUCACUUAUAUUCGUAGUCGCUGAGAGCUGAAAUUCGCGGCGAAAUAAUUUUAGCAACUUGUUAUCCGUCCAUGCCAUGCGCGAUAAAAUAUCACAACUAUUUUGCUUGCAAAAAACCGCAUGCAAAAAUAAUAAUUCAACAGAUAAUAGAGGACAUAAUGUGCCAACAAAAGCAACGAGCAACGGGACAAUGUGCGCCAAUGGGUCUCUUGGGACAGAAGGGCCCGAAGCGACAGAGACCGACGCAUCAGGGACCGGGAGGAUGCGGAAGCCGCUGGAGAGGAAUGGCUCAACGCAGAACCACGUUGUUCACCUCGAGAGAAGGCUGGGCCUCUUCAGUGGGGUGGCUUUAAUUGUUGGAACCAUGAUAGGGUCUGGAAUUUUUGUGUCACCCUCCGGUUUACUGGUUCGCACUGGUUCCGUUGGAGUUAGCUUUAUAAUCUGGCUUGCCUGUGGUCUGCUCUCGCUGCUGGGCGCUCUGGCUUACGCUGAACUUGGCACGAUGAACACAUCAUCGGGGGCGGAGUGGGCGUACUUUAUGGAUGCCUAUGGACCGGCGCCGGCGUUUCUGUUCUCAUGGGUAUCGACAUUGGUGUUGAAGCCAUCUCAAAUGGCUAUAAUAUGCUUAUCAUUUGCACAGUAUGCCGUUGAGGCCUUUGUGACUGAAUGUGAUCCGCCCAGGGGUGUGGUCAAGAUGGUCGCCCUGGUGGCAAUUGUGAUGAUUCUGUUCGUGAACUGCUACAGCGUUAAUCUGGGUAUGGCCGUGCAGAAUAUAUUCACUGCCGCCAAAUUGGUGGCCGUUGUGAUCGUAAUCUGUGGCGGUGCCUAUAAGCUAAUGCAGGGCAAUACACAGCAUUUGUCGAAUGCAUUUAAUGGCCCAAUGCCAAAUGUGGGUGCAAUUGCCACGGCCUUCUAUACGGGUCUGUGGGCCUACGAUGGCUGGAAUAAUCUCAACUAUGUCACCGAGGAGAUCAAGAAUCCCAGCAAGAAUCUACCGCGUUCGAUUAUUAUCGGUAUACCGCUGGUGACACUCUGCUAUGCUCUGAUUAAUAUCUCCUAUCUGGCGGCCAUGUCGCCGCAGGAAAUGAUCGAAUCGGAGGCAGUGGCUGUUACCUUUGGUAAUCGCAUAUUAGGAGCACUUGCCUGGCUGAUGCCACUCAGUGUCACCAUUAGCACCUUUGGCAGUGCCAAUGGCACACUAUUUGCAGCUGGACGUCUGUGCUUUGCGGCCAGUCGAGAGGGUCAUCUGUUGGAUAUACUCUCCUAUGUCCAUGUGCGACGCCUCACACCUGCCCCAGGCCUGAUAUUCCACUCGCUGAUUGCCUCGGCAAUGGUGCUCCAUGGCACAAUUGAUUCGCUGAUUGAUUUCUUCAGCUUCACCGCCUGGAUAUUCUAUGGUGGCGCCAUGCUGGCUCUGAUCGUGAUGCGCUACACCAAACCCAACUAUCCACGGCCGUACAAAGUGCCGAUUAUCAUUCCCGUUGUGGUCUUGGUCAUAUCCAUCUAUCUUGUGGCAGCCCCGAUAUUUGAGACGCCUCGCAUUGAGUAUCUCUAUGCCCUGCUCUUCAUCUUUGCAGGCCUCAUUUUCUAUGUGCCCUUUGUAAAGCUGGGCAUGACACCGAGGUUUAUGAACAAGGUGACCCUGUUCUUCCAGCUGCUGCUGGAGGUGGUGCCCACCUCAUCGAUGGCCAUGUUCGAGUGAAAGCCACAUGGUUGAGGUGGGACUGGGCCUGGUACUGAGGACCUCACCGGACCUCAGCAGAGGGAAUGAAGCAAAUAUAUAUAUACAUUCGCUUAUUUACUAUACAAGGAUAUAUUAGGAGUGAAGAAAGCAUAGACAGAUGACUGGGUAUAGUGUGAGAUGAUGUGAAGCUGUCGUGGAAUUAUAAGAGCAACCUAUGACGUUGUCGUUGACAAAACGGAAACUAUUCGAAAUAGUCUUUUUUGCUAUGAGCUGGUUACAUUCAAAGAUUAUAUAUUUGCGUAUACAGGAUACUAUUUAGUAUGGAUAUAUGUGUAUAUCUUUAAUAAUUGUAUGUAGCGCGUAUAGGCCAAGUUGCAUAGUUGAUACGUACGUAUGUAUUUACAAACCAAAAACAAA